AUGCCGAAAGAUAUUAUUUCUGAAGUUCUUGAGGAUCAUAAUGUCAUAAAGGAUCUUAAUAGUAGAUUUAUGAAAGAGGCCAAUCCCACUGAACAGCAAAAGAUUGCCAAUACUAUUAUAAGAGAAAUCGCUAUUCACUCGAGCACUGAGGAAAUUUGUGCGUAUCCGUUGAUCGAAAAGCAUAUUCAGGACGGCAAAAAAAUCGCAGAUAAAUCUCGUGAAGAACACUUACAACUCAAAAAAGAUUUAUAUGAACUUGAUAAGAAGAAAAUUAAUGAUGAAGGAUACAAAGCUCUACUCGAAAAGAUUAUUGGGGAAUUUGAGAAUCAUAUUAAAGAUGAAGAAAAUGAAAUCUAUCCAAAACUCAAAGCUAGUUUAACCGAUAAAAUAUUGAUGGAAGAAGGAGAAAAAUAUGAAAAAACUCGAAAUACUCCGCCUCUUGAAACUGCAGCUGGAAUAGCACAAGCUCCAAUUGAUAAAGGCCUCGAUAAAUUGCGUGACUUUGUUGAAACCAUUCGUGGAAAGAUCUGA